AUGCAUUCCACGAUCCUUCUUGCCACUCUGGCUGCGGUCAUCCCUGCCGCACUCGCAGAGGAGCUUCGUGCCGCCGAUGUUCCCUCAGCAUGCACAACCAUCUGCCAGCCAAUUGUUGACCUCACCAACACCUGCGACAUUGACCCCAACGAGGCGGACACGGACAACGACAAGCGUAGGAAGCUGCGCCUACGCCAGACAGAGGAAUCCGAUGAGGCCAUCGAGGCCAACUGUAUCUGCACGAACAAGAGCCUCGAUGUCGCAGGGGUGAUGGGGCUCUGCGCGAGCUGCAUCUCGCAGAACGGGAAUACGUCAGAUGAUGCCAGCAAGAUCAUGUCGCAAUGCUCCUUCACUUCCACUUCAUACACCCCUGCGGCAACGACCGCGGUCGCGGGUGUUCAGGUCCAGGCAACCAAGCCCGCAACAACUGCUGGGACCUCGACUUCCACGGGAAGUACGUCGUCGUCCACAAACACGGCUCAGAAUGGUGCUGGGAAGAUGGCGGUCUCGGUUGUGGCUGCCGCUGGUGUUGGUUUUGCGUACUUGUUGGCACUUUGA